CAUCGCUAAGACAAUAUGAUUCCGGCUCAUUCCUUUUCUUGCACGUACUGCCCGUCUUUGCUGAUUUGCUAUCAUGAUUGAGUCUAGAGAAUCAGUUUCAUAAUCCCAUAAGUCUCUUAUUACCGUCGUUACUCGCCAGCACCACUCGCAACAUGGAUAUCUCCAGCCCGGUGUUCAGCCUCAACUUGGGCACCCCGCUCUCAGUGUCCGGCCAAGCUGACAAUGUUGAAGAACAGCACUUACAACAGCUCGCACGGCAAAUUCAGCCAUCACCUCUUCAACCUCAACAGCAUGACACUCCCCUUCAGCAGUCCCCGCAAUCUCAGCAGAGAGGAGCGAGUGUCAUUCAGCCGUAUGCUGCGAGCGGUGGAAUGACCCCUCAGAGCCUCAUGCAACCUCAGACUCCAGUUAGCCAUGUUCAUCAACCAUCAUCGGCAAGUGCCACACCGAAUGCUUCGGGUGCAACGCCACACUCAACUGGUGGCAGCGCCCUGUUCCCCCCUACGCCAGGUGCCCCGAUGACACCCAUAACACCAGCAUCAGCCGAUCCAGGCAUUGUGCCCCAACUCCAGAAUAUCGUGUCUACCGUAAAUCUAGGCUGCAAACUGGACCUGAAGAAAAUAGCCCUUCAUGCCCGUAACGCAGAGUACAAUCCAAAGCGGUUCGCUGCCGUUAUCAUGCGUAUCCGUGAGCCAAGAACAACAGCACUCAUUUUUAGCUCCGGCAAAAUGGUCUGCACUGGUGCCAAGAGUGAAGAACAGUCUAGGUUAGCAGCACGAAAGUAUGCUAGGAUUAUUCAGAAGCUCGGCUUCGAGGCAAAGUUUCUAGACUUCAAGAUUCAGAACAUGGUAGGCAGCUGCGACGUUCGGUUUCCGAUUCGUCUAGAAGGGCUCGUUCUUACGCACAGCCAGUUCUCAAGCUACGAACCGGAGCUGUUUCCGGGCCUCAUCUAUCGUAUGGUGAAACCCCGUAUCGUACUUCUCAUUUUUGUUUCGGGCAAAGUGGUGCUCACGGGUGCGAAGGUGCGUUCAGAGAUAUACGAGGCGUUCGACAACAUCUACCCCAUUCUGAAAGGUUUCCGCAAGCAGUGAGGAGCUCUGAACGUAGUGGUUGUGUUCUAUUCAUGUUCAUCUUGUAAAUACGUUUUGCACAUCACAUGUACCUGCCAUAUGGUAGGCCGUUGUGUCACAAAAGGGAAUAAUCGUUGGUACUCAGUUGUGCAGAGAUUCCACAUAUAAGUAACAGCUUCGCUGCUGCUCAUCUAGCAACCAGUAUCUAAUUGUUCCAAACUGUUUUUGUAGGGGAAGCUGUUUUGGUAAGUGUCCCAUAAUUCGUUGGUCUGUCGCUGGCAUCGGUUGAGUGCUAUACUUUUGUUUCUUUUCAUUUCUCUGUACAUAUUGGCAUGUUCUUCAUGAAGAAUUCGAAAUGUGUAUUUAAUACGAAAAUACAUUGAGAACAAAGGC